GAACAUCUCAAACCACCACCGCUAACCGCAAUAAGAAAAUUAAAAGCCCUCUCCUCUAUUUCUACUUUGAAACGGUUCCUGGGCUGCUUCUGCUGCUGGUAUCCAACAUUUGAGGAACUCAGCAGCUUUAUCAAGAGCGAUAGGCUCAGUCUUAUAUCAUUUCUGCGUUCAAAUAUUGAGGGGAGAAAAGCUGUGGGGGGGGGGGCAUAUGAGCAAAAAGUAAAUAGCAGCAGUAUUGUCCGUGCCAGCCAUUAAUUCUGAAUUGGUUACUUGCUAUCAUAUGCUCUCUCUUUGACGCAAAAAAAGGUCAUGCCUUCUGCUCCAAACGUUUUUCCUUUCCAGGGAAGAGAAAACAUUGAAAAUUUUUUUAGGCCUCUUUCUUUCUUUUUUUGUCUAAUUUUUCGUCAAACCUUCCCCUUCUUCCUUCUUAUUUCUAUUUCACAGAAGCAAUUUCAUGAGAAGCUAAUGAUUUUCAAAAAACUGCUAUUCACCGCUACAAAACGAAAAAGUCAAGACUCUACCGGUCGACCCCACACCAACAAAAUCAAUUUUGAUCCGGUCUCUGUAGCUAUUCUUUCUCGUCAUUUUUCUCCUUUGCCUUCUAGAAUCAAAUCACCCACCGAUUUAUUGGACGUAAUAGGAUAUCCGCAACUAUCGCCGCAUCCACCUCAAGAUCAAUUACGCCAUUCUUCAUCACCUUCGCUAUUACUGAAUGCUACCAAGAAUGAUAUCACUACAACGGGUGUAUUAGAAUCUGCAACAACAACAACAACUCCCGCUACUGCUACUGCUACUGCUACUGUUACCAAUGCUACUGCUACCCCUCUUUUGCGGCAUAAAAGGAAUAAAACUCAGCCUUCUACUUUUAGUACUCUUCGGAUAACCAAUGGUGACAGCAUGUCGCUAACUGAAGAACGUGACGAAGGAACUGAUAAAUUCGAUAGGCAUAAUGAAAAUAUGCUACUAGAAACAACGAGAGAAGACAAAACACUUAUCGGAAGAAGCGAUAGCCACAGUUAUGUUGUAGUUAAAGGUAAAUUUCAAAGUAUCUUCUCUGGAACUAUUUGUAUUACUGAGAUUGAUUGUAUAGAUCCAAUAACAGAUAUCAAUAUGGAAUUGUACAAGCUAUAUUGUAAACUGCUUGAAAUUGAAGAUGAACGAGAAGUGUGGAAUCAAAAAUUGGAUCAACAUAUGGAAGAAUUGAGAAGUCUACUACGAGCACAUCAGCUUGAAAUGGACGAAUUAAAGCGACAAAAUUCUUUCAAAUCGGCGACGACGGAUAGCGCGAGCACCAGCGGCACCACUCAUAGCUCAUCAGAUGAAAUGAUAUAUCAAACAUCUAGCAUUCUCCCGCCCUGUAGUUGCAAGCAGGCUUCAUCACUUGAACGAGUGUCUUUGUCUUCUUUAUCAGCAUCAGAACAACCGUCGAGGAGUAGCAUCUUCACAGCAACGAGUAAUAAGAAAAAGAAGAAAAAAAAAGGUAGAGGUCGAUGGUCGGUAGUAACACCGCAAAACGGCGAUUUUUGCCACUACUAUCAAUACUACGGUAAUGAGGGAGAUAAGAAUUGUGUUACUGAUAGUAACGGGUACUAUUACUAUUGCGACGAUGACUGCCUUCAUAAUAAUAGCCAAACAGCAUAUUACAACUCUAUCUCGAAUGUCGGUAGUGCUAGAAGAAAAAUAUACUCUUAUCCUUACGUUAUGUAUCCAUCGCUAGCAAUCUAGUCUCCCAGGAUUGCAACCGUAUUUUUGUUAACCCAGCCGCGUAGUUUAUUCCAUGUUGUAGCUGUUAUGCCCGGGAGAUCAUUUAAAGGGAUAAGAAAUAGAGAUGCGCCACUCCGAAAGCUUAUGUAAUCCAUCUGAAACCUUUAUUUUUGAUUAACAGAGACAGUGCCACCACAUUUCAUGUUGAUGAGCACCCAGACAUGGCAUGAAAUAAAAAAAGUCAAAAAUAGGACAGGCAUAUAUGUCUAUAGAA